AUGUCGCAGUCGGACCACCCCAGCGACAAGGCCGAUCCUACCCACCGCGCAACUCCUGCGACCAAACGCUUUGGCGGGGACACGUCGUCACACGGUGGAAGAAACCCCUUCAACGCUGUCAACUCGCCGUUGACACCUGGAGGUCUAGCUUCUCCAACCGCCGGUGGCUCGUCAGCCUUUGGCCUUGGGUCGGGCGCUUUCGCUUCGUUUGGAUCUUCCGCGAAGACUCCCAAGACUCCAGGCUCUGCCUUCGAUUUCAAAUCGACCACAUCGUCUGCGGCCACACCUACAACGCCAGCAGAAAGGAGAGACAAGCCCGCAAACAAAAUCGUGAACAGCGUACGCAAAGAGUCGAUAUCUACGGUAGCGCUAGAAGACACAAUGGGCUCGUCAGCACCGCUAGACCCUAAUGUGCCGUGGCCAUUGAAGUAUUCGUGGGUCAUCUGGUACAGGCCACCAACGCCCAAGAACACCGACUACGAAAAGUCCAUGACUGCCAUGUGCAAGAUGGAUACCGUCCAGGACUUCCACAAAGUAUAUCGGCACCUCAAGCGCCCCUCGACUCUUCCGGCUGUCUCCGAUUACCACUUCUUCAAGCACGGAAUACGGCCGGUGUGGGAGGAUGAGGAGAACAAGCGGGGUGGGAAAUGGAUCAUGCGCCUGAAAAAAGGCGUCGCCGACCGUUAUUGGGAAGAGCUACUCAUGGCUCUCGUAGGCGAUCAGUUCUUCGAGGCUGGCGAGGAGAUAUCUGGCGUCGUGCUUAGCGUACGGAGUGGGGAGGACAUCUUCAGCAUAUGGACCAAGAACGAUGGUGGGCGCAACAUCAAGAUCCGGGAAACCGUUAAACGCGUCCUCGGUCUUCCUGAUGGCACCAACAUUAUCUGGCGGAGCCAUGACGACAGCAUCGCGCAGAGAACGGCGAUCGAUCAAGCGCGCCAUGAAAAGAACCAGCACAACCACGAAAAGCGGAGAGUGACCUCACUGGAUGAGUCGCCGCGGGACAAGCCCAUAGCUGGCUCAUAG